AUGUUAGAAACAGUCAUCGACUCUACAGGUGCUUACCGCGUACUGGUUCGCGAUCUGCUAGCGAAAGCAGCAGAGAUCAAAAAAGGGCAUGAUGUUGAGCCUCCGAUCACAGAAGCCAGCCUAGGUGACUUGGUCGAGCGUGUAUAUCUCAAGAACGGCGACAUUCAACAGGAACCGAAUAAACAAACGAGUUUCGCCGCUGUCGAAACCGCGUUCCGAGAAAAGUUUUACGAGUUGCUGGCGUCGACCUCGAUAGACGACCUUGCUUUCGUUAAUAUCUGGAACCUCCUGGAUAUCGUUUCCAUCUUCUCGGAUAAUGAACAAUGCGAGGCUGGCCUUAUAUUUUGGCUCAUCGAGGAGCUUCUAGACAGUCAGACGGUCGAUGGUUGUCGCAAAGUUUUCGACUAUUUAGAGUCGCGCAGAGAAAUCAAUACUGCGAAACAUUUCGAGUCAAAGAAGUUGAUUAUUCUUCGAUCGUGUAAUGAGCUACUUCGUCGACUAUCGAGAGCGGAGGAUACAGUAUUCUGCGGACGAGUAUUCAUCUACAUGUUUCAAAGUUUCCCGCUUGGAGACAAGAGUUCGGUCAACCUUCGCGGAGAGUUUCAUACCGAGAACGUUACAACAUUCGACGAUAUUGCACUCAAGUCCCAGGAAGACACUAUGGAAAUAGAACCAACUGAACAGAAGGAAGAGACAUCAGAGAAGACGUCGCAAUCUGUGCAAGACGAGCAGACUAAGGGUGAAACCUCCGGGCCCAAGGAAGGAACUCCCGCAGUAGCAGAAACUGCUCACGAGAGGAAGGAAAGCGAGGCUACCAAGACCAUUGAUCUGGAUACGCUAUAUCCAAUAUUUUGGGGCCUACAAGGAUUUUUUUCUGCGCCUACCAGGUUGUUCGACUCCCAGAACUUUGCAUCAUUUCGUACCAGUCUAGAGAAGACAUUGUCUACAUUCAAGUUAAUGAACAAAGUUACCGAUACCUGGAGCACUGCGAAAGCACCAGAUGAAGUCCGAAGAGGGUUAAAGCGGAAGCGUAACGGCGAGGGCGUGGAUGUUGCUAGCAGUUUUAAUCCGAAGUAUCUGACAAGCCGCGAACUAUUCGAUCUGGAGAUCAAUGAUAUUGCUUUUCGACGCCAUGUUCUCGUCCAGGCUUUGAUACUCUUGGACUUCAUUUUGUCGUUGACACCACAAGCUCGUCAGAGGCUAAUGAAGUUAGUGCAACCUGGAAAAUCCCUGAACAAGACAGUACUUUACCAAUAUACCGUCAGCGAAGAAGACGCCAAAUGGGCGGCACAGACUAGGGACAUUGUUGCAGACUACCUACAGCAAGGUAUUGACGGCAAGUUUUACUACCGAAUGGUUGAUACGGUUCUUUCCCGAGACAAAAAUUGGGUGCGCUGGAAGGUUGAAAACUGCCCUCCCAUUGAGAAACCGGCGAUCCAAGCAGACGACUAUUUCCAGGCUCGUAACAAUGCGCUUAAAGUUUUUUCCAACAAGCGUCUAAGAGCUUCUCCGAUGGGCUCUCUGGAUCUCACAUUCCUGGCCGACGGAAACAAUCUAUCCAGUCUUGAGCAAUUGAAGGACCCAGAUCGGUACACCACCCCCGCCCCGGACUCAUUCAUGAUGGGUAUCGUAGAUGACACUUUCAACAUCGACAUGGCCAAGGAUAAAGACGAAAAGGAGGCCGCAGAGCGAGCAAAGGAGAGCAAAUAUUGGCGAACAUUACGCCUAAGCUCGAGAAGCAAGCUUUUUGAAUUUGAGCUGAUCGAGGAUGGCAAGAACCUCAACCUACUAUUUGAGAAGCCAACAGAGAAACCAAAAGAAACCGUUUCAGAGGAUACUCAGAAGAAAGCAGAAAAUGCUAGUGAAAGCAAAGAUGAGCGGGCCGGGUCACUCGAGACACAAUCGCAACAGGCGGAUAGUGCCACAGUGACGACUGCCGCAACGACAUGAUGAUCUUACUAUUAAUAUUCCGAGCGCUCUUCACUCUUUUAUAAGGGGAAUCCAAGCUGAGAUUAGUUCGCCGAAGUGCAGCUAACGAGAGUCGCGACUCUGGAGCUCCAGAACCUCCCGCUGAGUUGGAUUUAGAGAUUCUGCUGCUGGUGUCUUUCCCAAUAUUCAAUUGAGGAGGUUUAGAAGUCUGUUAAAAGGCUAUACUUAACU